CACUGCGCAUGCGCAGCUCAGGGAGUGCGCAGCCACAGCGGAUCACCGAUCACGUAAAGAGCCGAAGAUGUCGACUCGGUCAUGUGAUCAGCUGUGUCCAAUCACAACUGAUCACAUGGGACAUGUACACUGAUCAUCAGGGCACUGAUGAUCAGUGUGCCCUGAUGAUCAAUGUAGCCCUAGCAGUGCCACCUGUCAGUGUCUAUCAGUGCCUUACGUCAGUGCUCAUCAGUGCCUUGUGCCAGUGCCCAUCAGUGCCUUGUGCCAGUGCCCAUCAGUGCCACAUCAAUGCCACAUAUCACUGCCUACCAGUGCACAUCAAUGCCACAUAUCAGUGCCCAUCUGAGCUGCCUUUCAGUGUCACCCAUCAGUGCCAGUCAGUGCCACCUAUCAGU